AACAACUCUUCGUUGAUUCUAUAUGCUUCCACACUUCACUGGAUAGAAGAAAUCCUUACCCGAUAGAACCAUGGUGUUGCUUCCAUAGUGUUGGUUAGGAUAGUCAACGGAGGACUGGAGAGCUGAGAUGGCGGCCGACGACGGCAAUGCUGUCAUUGCUGAUGGUAUCGGGCACAAGAAGCGGUCUGGAAAUCUUUUGACCGACUCUGCUGCAGCCCUGGUGUCAUCGACGUUCUUCACAACUAGCUUUUAUCCGCUGCAUCGCGUCAAGAUCCUGCUUCAGACACAAGACAGCAAUCCUCUCGUCCUCAGUGGCCAGGUCAAGCGCUACACCGUGGUGGACGCCGUGCCCCGCCUGCUGCGCGAGGGCGGCCUGCGCGAGCUCUGGCGCGGCAACGCGGCGUACAUGUUGCGCCACGUGCCCUCCACCACCCUCUCCUUCGCCUUCAAGGACGCGGCGCUGCGGCUGCUGCCCCACUUCGCCACGCAGCAGCAGCUGGCCGCCGCCACCGCCGUCAACCUGGCUGCGGGCUUCCUGGGCGGUGCGGCGGCGCUGCUGGUGGUGUACCCGCUGGACUUUGCAACCAUCAGGAUGGCGGCUGAGCUGCGGCAGCACCACAAGGGACAUGGCAUCCUGGCCACCCUGGACAGCACGCAGCGCGCGGGGGGGCUGCGGGCGCUGUACCGCGGGUACGGCGUGUCAGCGGUCGCCAUCGGUUCGUACAAGGCGCUGUACUUUGGGCUGUACGACACGGCGUGUGCGGUGAUGGAGCAGCGCUCGUCUGAGGCGGCGGCAGCCUACUCCAUCCACACCCACUCCUCCACCGCCACCUCCCCCUCCUUAUUGAGCCCAGCCGCCGCGGAUGGCCCCUCCUCCUCCGCCCCCACCUCCACCACCUCCUCCACCCGCACCUCCUCCCCCUCCUCGCCCCCCUCGCUGCUGUCCCGCUGGGCCGCCGCCAGCUGUGUGGUGGUGGCGGCCUCCUCGCUCACAUACCCGCUGGAUGUGGUGCGGAAGAGGCUGGUGGCAGACACGGCGGCGGAGGGGGAGGCGGCGGUGGGGGCGAAGGAGGGGGCAG